AUGAGCAAAGUUAUUUCCACUGCUGGACGAGAGGUUCUGAUAAGAUCUGAAAAAGAUAAGUUGAACAAUUUCUCCUUUCUUCCAAUAAUUGAUAAGGUUGACGUAUUUCCUCGGAACUACGCCAAUAACGAACACUUCCAAAAGAAUGUAUACAUGCUUAAAUCACAUACAGGCGUUGACAUAGGAUUCGUUUUAAAGUUGAUCGUACUUGAGAUCAGAGAAGUUUGCGGUGAUCUCGCCACUCGCCUGUUUACUGUAAAUGAUGAUUCGAUGUAUGUUCGCUUCAAGCCAACGUCGUUUCAAGAGAGAGAUGACUUAACGGAAGAAUUAUGUCAAUUAUUAAGGGUAAAAUCUAAACUUGAAUGCAUUAAAACAUGGAGGGAUGAAAAAUAUGCAGUUUAUGUCGAACAUGAACCCUACGUCCUUAUAGAGCGAGGUCUGGCAGGUGCAUUCGGAAUUGUCACUUAUGGUGUUCAUGUGAAUGGAUUUUUCCGUGAUUCCACAUCAGGUGAGAUAAAGUUCUGGAUUCCGCGUCGUUCUGCCACCAAACCUACAUGGCCAUCGAUGUUAGACAAUAUAGUAGCAGGCGGUAUUGGACACCCUCAUGGAAUCUAUGAAACUGUCCUCAAAGAAUGUAUGGAAGAAGCAACACUUUCUGCCGACGUUAUUGAGAAGAAUAUCAAGUCUGUCGGUAGUGUAUCUUAUUUAUUUUUCCAAGGAGACAUAGAGGAAGAAAGAUUUGAACAUGAGUCUGCCUUCAUAACUGGUGAAGUAGAAUACAUCUUUGACGUUGAACUUCCUCCGGACGUUAUUCCAGUCCCAAAUGACGGUGAAGUGGAGCAAUUCGGCAUUUUUGGCCUGCAAGAAGUCGUUGAUGCUCUGAAAAGAGGUGAAUUCAAGCCCAAUUGCGCUUUGAUUAUGGUAGAAUUUCUGAUCAGGCAUGGUUACAUUACUCCGGAGAUCGAACCAAACUAUACAGAAAUAAUUUCAAGGAUGCAUAGACAAUUGCCUUUCCCCGUAAUGCGUUAA